AGUACGUCUUUCCUAAAUUUAAUUAUCAUUUUGUAAAAUGGAAAUCAAGAACUGGUUCUAAUGUCGAAUCCAUCUUACGUAAGUCUUGUCAGGGACUUGAUCAAUAAACCAUCAUUCUGUUAGUGCUGUCCGUACGAAUACCCAACCGUCAGUGGUUUCGCUGAAGGUAUUUGUGUUGGUGAUGGCCACGUUACGACCAUUUGUCCUUUUUGUGACCAUGUUACAUUUGUCCUUCGUGUAAACUCUAUUUAUCUUUAUCAAUCUAAUAACACAAUUAUCGUCACCUAACAUCGUUACUUUUAGUCCACAUAAUCAUAUCAGUGAUAAUGUGUCUUAUAGGUUCAUGAUAAAUUGUAUUAGCCUAAUUUUCAAGUUCAGGUGUUACAAUCAGGAAAGGAACGACAGGAUAUCAGUCACCGGAAUCCACGAACUCCUCGAGAGUUACACAUUGUUCAUGAGUGCAAUAAGUGAUAAGCACACAUUUCGCUGCCCUCAGUAUGACCUAUCUUUUAGGGUGGUGGGACAAAGAUGCAAAAUCACACUUCAACUCACCUCGACUCUAGCUUAACAGUACUUUCGUUUUCAAUCCAAUACGAUGAUUUUCAGUGUGAUAUUUUGUUCGGUGUAACGUUGGUCUACUUAAGUGUGAUGUUUGUUCUAGGGGAUGUUAUUUUACUAAUUAAAAGUGAAUUUUCUCCAUUGUGAUUAAUAUUUUAAAGUUUCGAAGUAGUUCAGCAUAUUCCUCCUAUGUGUUAUAAUUGUUAACUACUCACCAGAUGUAGGCAAGAUUUAUGUGUAAGUUGGUUUUAUGUUGUAUCUUUUUGAUUUGUAUGGCGGUUAGAUAAAUACACAUCACCAGUCACCAUGCGUCAUUGGAUUUGAGUUCUCUGAACAAGAAGCUGGUAUACUGUGGUGUUAGUAUGAUGAUGACUGCCUGAUUACGAAUUCCAAAUAUAAUACGUUCGUUUGUGCUCACCUGGUUCUACUUGCUGUAAAUAACCUUAUAUCGGGAAUUCCUAGUUUGUAUAAUAAUUCAAAUACUUCUACUCAUCGCAUUGGCGUCGCAAUGGAGCCUAUGUUGGGACGGUUGUACAUACAUUCAAAUUUUGAUGCUUUUGGGGAUUACUUUGAAAGGUUCGAAAUUUGGACUAUGACCAAGGAAGAUGUUGAGGAUGUUAAUAUUGUGGCUCAUUUCCUUACAUUCAUCGGAAAAGAAGCCUACAGCUUAUUAAAAACUUUGGCAUUUCCAGAAAGACCCACUUCAAUUCUUUAUGAAACUCCCAAGAAACUACUACCAGACCACGUAAAGUGUCCAAAUUUUGAGUGCUGUAAAGCAGAAGAAUUUCAUAAAAUGAUUCAUCAGGACAUCAAUAAUUCUACCACAUAACUGAGUCAUCCCAAUCCAAUGCGUACUCAAGGUUAGGCAGAUACAAAUUCUGUGGCACAUUUACAUACAUUCAUGAGAAAUGAAGCUAACAGCUUACGAAAAACUCUGGCUUUAAAAGAGGAGGAUAGUGUUGGAAAAUCUAUGGUUGAAAUUCCCGAUAUCGAUUACAGUACAUAACCGACAUGGUGAUUGCACACAAUUCCAAAACUCGGGUGAGUCCUUUCCGCUUUCGGUUGUUAAUUCAUAUACUAAUGAGCAUAUUCUGGAACAUACAGAGCCUAUAUCCAAAACACAGAUGGACAGACACGAUGAACCUACGAAGAAGAGGCACAAUUGAUCUCAGAAAUUUGGAUUCGCAUUUAAGCUGUGGCGGAUGUGGGGUUUGUGUGCACAAGCGAUUCCUUUGUAUUUCUUGAAUGCUUGAAUUUGAAUUCCAAAUACAAUACGUUUGUUCGUGCUUAUCUAAUACUUCUUGGUUAAAUA